UCUCAAUUCCUGUUUAGCCAAAUCAAUAUGAGCUCCCAGCGCGGCAACUUGAAGAAGGGUGCGCCGAAGUACCAGAACUCGUUCGCGUUCACGCACAACCCCAAGUCGAAGAAGACAGAUCACAUCUUGGGCUUGCCAAUCCAUGGCCUCUGCCCCCACUGCCACGCCCAGAUUGUGUGGCGCAAGAAGUACCGCAAGUACAAGCCGCUGACCCAGCCAGCGUCGUGUACGUCUUGCCACCAGAAGACAGUCCUUUCGGCGUAUCAUGUCUUGUGCCAUCCUUGUGCAAAGGAAAAAGGUGUGUGCGCCAAGUGCUGCAAAUCGGAAGAUUUGGUGCUCAGUGAACAACAAUUGGCCGAGCAAAAGGGCGAAGACGACAAGGAUUUCUCCGAGCAGUUGGAAGGGCUGAAGGAACGCGAACGUCGAAAGGUGCUCCGUCAGAAGAAAAAAGAAGAGGACGAAGCGUAUGCGCUCGCACGCGCUGCUCGCCGGGCCCGACUUGGCCUCGACCAAGGCGGCGGAGAUGACGACGACGACGACGAAGACCUAGAUGACAUGGACUUGUCAGACUAAGAACUCGUUCCAGUCGAUCAAUUCAUUAUCAUUUUGAACCGUCGUCGAGUCAUACUGAUUGCAAUCGCAAAAAAAAUA